GAGGUGGAAGUGGUGGCACAAGAAGUCAGUGAUACCGCCGCGUAUGAUAUUCAUACCAAUAAUACCAAAGAAGUGGAUAAAUCUAGUGAUAAUAGAUGUGGAGAACAAGUGGUGAGCGAAGAGUCCACGAAUGUCUCAAAAGCAGUUCAUUUGGAUUUAAACUCAAUGAUCGACACAUCGGAUGUCGAGUCCAUCGAUGGCGGCAACAGAGAUGUCAUACAAAAUGAGAUCAAAACAUAUGGAGUUCCCAAACCACUGGACAUUAUUAAAUCCGAAGGAGUUCCCAAACCACUGGACAUUAUUAAAUCCGAAGAUAAUUACGAAAUCGAUGACACCAUUAAUGAAAGCGCUAAUACUACGGGCAUUGAAGCUAAUGGACAGGUCGUGGACUCAGAGGUGCCGCCACUCGAUGUCAUUAAAACCGAGGAUACUAUUCAAACGACAACCGCUGCACAUGUCGAACACCUUAACAGUAAUUCAAUUGAAAACACUAACAGUUGUGGUAUUGAAGAUAAUAGACAGGUCUUAGGAUCAGAUGCACCGCCACUACUGGAUGUCAUCAAAACGGAAGCCAAUAAUGCCGAGAGUAAUACGGGUACAACCCUACCGCCCCUGACCACCACCAUUGAAGCGGUGCCACAGGAUGUCAACUCAGAGGACGAAAAUGAAAUGCGAGACACUGUCGAUGACAACGCGAAUGACACGCAAAAUGUGGGACAAGUAGUCACUGAAUCAAAUGCGAUGACAUUGGAUGUCAUCAAAAGCAGAGAUGAAUCUCACGAACCAGUUGUCGAAAGUCAGGCCGAGACUACCGGUGCAACUGAUGUAUUGAGUGAACCAAAGGGGCCGACAAAACCUAAACCCAAGAAAAAACGAAAUCGUCAUCCAAUCACUUAUUAUUGCAAUGAAUGUGUGAUUAGUUUUGAUACGGAAUUCCGUUUGCGCACACAUUUGGCGGACAUCCACAACAAUCCGGUGUUUGAGUGCAAGCACUGCGACUACAGGGGUCGGUCCCCCAAAGUUAUUAAGCGCCAUAUGCAGAGACAGCACCCGGAACUCAUACCUAAGUCUAAGAAAAAACGUAAAUACGCUGACAGUAGCGAUGAGGACAUGCCUGAGACCACUUCCAUCACUAGUCCUCCGGAGCCUGUAUUGGAUCUGCCAUUGGAGCAAUUGGAAGGGAAUGGUAGUGAGAAUAUCACCGAAACUACCACUAAGACCACGGAUGUCGGUGUAACUGAUCCAGUGGUGAGUGGACAACAAUUGAGUCAAAAAUCAAGUACACCAGCGGUGGCCAUAAGAAAGUCCAAACGGCUAAGCAGUAGAAACACGGAAAGUGUUACGCAAACCAAUAGUGAUGGCACUGGUGGUGAUGGCGCUCCAGAACCUGUGCAGUCUGAGCAGCACCGGGACCUAAAAGUGGUGACCCAUAAGAAGUCUAAAAAGAAAUUAUUUGCAAAUGAAUCUAUGCUUAAGAAGCAUAAGAGCCGUGUCCACACAGUGAACGCCCGGUGGGGGUGCGAUAAAUGCGAUUAUAGGCAUCACAGGUCCAACCAAGUGCGGCGGCACAUGUAUAACGUGCACGGCUUAACCAAAUACAGGGAAAACGUGUUGAAACGUCUAUUCAAAUGCCAGUCCUGUGGUAAUAAUCAUCUAUUGGUCAGUGAUGACAAUGAGGCGAAACGAUACGACUGUCAGAAAUGCAAACAUCACUACAAGUGCGUCGACAAACUCGUGGCACACAUGUCUCGAAAGCACUGCAAGUAUCCAAAGGCGUCUACUGAUAAUGAAAAGAGUGUGAAGAUUGGCUUUAAAUGCCAUAUCUUGGGAUGUAAUGCAGUGCUCAAAAAUCGUGGUAAUCUUGCGGAACACCUCAGGAUCAGGCAUUCAACGCAAAAGCCAUUUAAAUGCAAUUUAUGUGAGUUUCGGUGCAAAACGAAGUCCUGUUUAGACUCACACCGAAGCAGCCACUCUAAGGAACGCCUAAUUAAAUGCGAUUACGAAGGCUGUGAUAUCCGGGUGAAGAACGCCACGCGUCUGUCCGAACACAGACUACGCGUCCAUAAGUUCCCGGGGCUU